GGGGCGGUUCCCGGGUCGCACGCUGAUGACGCGCUGCGCGGCGCCCUAGCAACGCGGUUGCUAAGGUACGGCGAAAGGUCGCCAACAUGGAUGCGACCUCGGCUCCUCACCUCAUCCCCUCAGAGAUGCCCCAGUACGGGGAGGCGAACCACAUCUUCGAGUUGAUGCAGAGCAUGCUGGAGCAGCUCCUGAUCCACCAGCCACAGGACCCCAUUCCCUUCAUGAUCGAGCACUUGCAUCGAGACAACGAUCACGUGCCGAAGAUCAUAAUAUUAGGUCCACCCGCCUCGGGGAAAACAACUAUCGCCAUGUGGCUCUGCAAACAUCUGAGCACGAAUCUCCUCACCAGGGGAAACUUAAUAGGAAGUGAAUUCUCCUCUGUGGCUGCUGAAGCCAGAAAGCAUUACCAGAAAUGCAAGAAAGUCCCCGACUCGCUGCUCAUCCGGCUGGUUCAGGAGCGCCUGACCGAAGAGGACUGUGUCAGGAGGGGCUGGAUCCUGGAUGGCAUUCCUCAGACUCGGGAGCAGGUGCUGAUGAUGCAGACCCUGGGGUUCGCCCCCCGGCACGUCAUCGUGCUGAACGCUCCAGACUCUGUCCUGAUCGAGCGAAACCUGGGGAAGAGGAUCGACCCUGUAACCAGAGAAAUCUAUCACACCACCUUCGACUGGCCGCCUGAAGCCGAAGUGCAGAACCGCCUACUGGCGCCUGAGGGCAUCUCGGAGGUGGAGACAGCUCGGAAACUGCUGGAAUACCACAGGAACAUCAUCAGGAUCCUCCCCUCCUACCCCAGAAUCCUGAAGGCCAUCAGCGCUGACCAGCCCUGUGUGGACGUCUUCUACCAGGCUCUGACCUACGUGCUGACCAGCCAUCGCUCCAAUGCCCCGUUCACCCCGAGGGUGCUGCUGUGUGGGCCCACAGGCAGCGGCAAGAGCCUGCAGGCUGCCCUGCUGGCCGAGAAGUACGGCCUUGUCAACGUCUGCUGUGGGCAGUUGCUGAAAGAGGCCGUGAAGGACCAGUCGAAGCUGGGCGAGCUCAUCCAGUCCUACUUUGACAAGGAGAUGCCAGUCCCUGACAACGUCAUCGUGAAGGUGCUCAAGGGCCGCCUGGACCAGCCAGACUGCGUGCAGAGAGGUUGGGUGCUGCACGGCUUCCCGCAAGACCUGGACCAGGCCCACAUGCUGGCCAGCCUGGGCUACAGUCCCAACAGGGUGUUUUUCCUGAACAUGCCCUUAGAUUCCAUCCUCGAGCGCCUGACUCUGAGAAGGGUGGAUCCCAUCACAGGAGAAAGGUACCACCUCAUGUACAAGCCACCUCCCACCCUGGAGAUCCAGGCCCGCCUCCUGCAGAACCCGAAGGAUGCCGAAGAUCAGGUGAGGCUGCAGAUGGACCUGUUCUACAGGAACUUGUCAGAGCUGGAGCAGUUUUUCAAGCAGGCCAUUACCGUCAACGGGGAUCAGGACCCCUACACGGUCUUCGAGUACAUAGAGAGUGGGAUCAUCAACCCCCUGCCCAAGAAAGUCUUCUGACUGGUCCACUGUGUACGGAGCCCUACAAAACAUGCUCAUCCUCCGCCCCAGCCUUCCGGAAACCCCCUCCAAGCCAAUAAAGAGUGCCGGAUACUGUCUCGUGUCCUGCAAGUGUGGGGCUGGAAGGUGGCCUUCUUUGGGGGUCUAGAGGCACAGGAAAGAAGCUGAGAGAGGACAGUGAAGAAUCGCAGGCUGGACCUCUGGAGUCAGCUUGGGUUAGUGCAGGCUCCACCCAGCCAUACAGCUUGUUCCUGCUCAGAACGCAGUGGGGAUCAGGACUGCAGCUGCCUCAUGGUGUUGCUAUGGGAUUUGUUGCCGCGAUGCGAAGAAAGCUGGUAGCACAGUGCCCAGCACACAGUGAGCACUCGGCAGAUGCGGCUUUAAAAGCCUGGCAUCCAGCGGAACUCUGAGCGAUGCCCCUGCCCCUGCCCGCACUGUCCUAUUGGGCAGCUGCCAGCUGCAGCUGGCUGCUGGGCACCUGAAAUAUAGCCAGUGCCACUGAGGAGGUAGUUUGUAAGUUUUGCUUCAUUUUCGUGGAGUUAAAUUUAAAAUCUACCACGUUGGACGGUGCUGUUUUGGGCGGACUUAGCUGUUUCUCCAGACUUGCCUUCUACUGGUCCCCUCGGGGGACAGUGACAACCCGGGCUGGUGUCAGCAGAUGCCCUUCCACACCCCACGCUUCAUCAUUUCCUUUCACCUUAGUGACGUCCUCACCAGUAAGUCCUGGGCGCGCGCCCCACAGACUCAGGACGCUGCAGCUGCAGAGGAAAAUGUCUUGCCGAAGGUCACCUGGGUCCAAGGCUCAACCUGAACCCUGUGCUCCGGGUGCCACCCGGGCUGUCUGCCUGCGGUUCCAGCCCCAGGGCUCUAGGCCUCUGGGCCUGAUGAACCAGGACCCUGCCUACAGGGCCAGCUCAGAGCUCCUCGCCAAACUCUCCCUGGCACCUGCCGUGGUAGGCAGGGCCCUCCCGGCCAGCAGCUGCCUGUGCCGACCCAGGCUCAGGCUGACCUGUGUCGGCCCUGGGCACAGGUGAGUUGAGCCCCGUGUCUGCUACAGCCAGGCACAUGGCCAGGUGCUUUCUGCACACAUCGCGCCUUCUGCUCCUUCCCCUCUGCCCGGAAGCUCGGCCCUACACCCCACCUCCUCACCGGCCCUGAACUCCAGUGGGCCCUGCAAGGUCCCAGCUCUCCCCCACCACCUAGGAUUCGCACCUCCCACCGAGCCUCCUUCCACCCAGACCACACAUCGGCACCUCACACUCUGCUCGGGUCUGAGACCCUGCCUACCGGCACCCAGCCCAUGACACGCAGUGUGGGUGUCACGCCUCGACCGGAGGCGUCACGAUCACGCGUGCCCUCGUGACGUGUGAAGGAACGCUGGCUUGGCAGGGUCAGGUGACCUGUUCUACCCCUUUCCUCCACCUGCCACCCCCAUUCAGUGGUGCCGUGUGUGCCCCCAUGCUAAGGUAGGUGGCAUCCCGAUUAGCAGCCCCGGCUCCCCUGCUGCUGUGUGGCCUGGGGCAAGGUACUUCACCUCUGGGUCCUUGUAAAGUGAGAACAAAACAGCAGUUGCUUUCUAGAGCUGUUGUGAGGUAAACGAGAACAGGCAGGGCAGGGCCGUGGAAAGUGCUCAGAAGUUGUACUCGGCGAUCUCUCUAACGCUCACCAUCUCCUGUGAGGUCCACGUGGUUUUCUCCUUCAGUGCCAUGUAACAAUGGGCCUGGCUGGCCCCAGGUCGAGUAGUGUCCCACCUUCCAGGUCCCUGCCUUCCCUGCAGCCCCAAUGUGUACGGCUGGGGCAGCUGCAGGGAGGAGUCAGCAGGGGCGAGUCGCAGGUGACUGUCAGUCUCCCCACCCGCCUUUGAUCCCUGGCUGCCCCCGCGGCUCCCCUGGGGCUGUCCCAACAAGCUGGGGCCGUGGAGAUCACUCCACAGGGAAGGGAAGGCGGGUGCAGCCUGGACCUCCUGUAUGGCCCUAGCCUCUCCUUUCCCUGGCUGUGCACUCAGCGCUGCAGCUCCGCGGAUGCAUAUCCAGGUGUGCUCCUCUCCCUGGAGUAGUGAGCAUCAGCCAGGAGAAGGUGGUCGGGGCUCCUGGUCCACGGCUCAUGCCCAGCUGCUUUUGUCGCCGGUCGUCACUGCCUGCUCCCGGCACCCCUGCCCAGGCUGUGGUCUCCACGCCUCGUACUCCCCUGAAGUGGGAAAGCCGCGUGGUCUCAGGGGCCCUGCCAAUGGCCUGUGAUGUGUUUCCUGUGUGCCCUGCUCCCAGGCCGGUCUGCACUGACCUGCAAGUGUACACUCUGGCACUGCUAACCACGGGUGCUGUGCUCACAGCUCUGCAACUGACUCAGCCUGUGCAACUGAAGCUGGCGGCCCCUGAACAGCAGCCUUGCGUUCCCUCCUCCCCGGUCCUGGCGGACACCGUUCUACUCGCCGGUUCUAUGCAUUUGAUUAUUUCGAUUUUUUGAGACAGGGUCUCGCUGUAGACUGUGAUGGCACCUGAGAGCUGAAGCCCAUGUUUUCCCUCAUGUGGCUCCUAUUUCUUUUUGAGAAUCUCUUUCCCCACAUCCUGGGCCCGGAGAGCAGAUUGCGGGCUCCGACACCUACUUCACCUACAGGUAACCACUGGGGCCACUGCUUGGGAAUUCUCGGAGACGCAGACACUCCACCGAUCGCGCUGUGCCUGGGGCCCGCCACCCCACAUGCCAGGAAAGUGCCAGCACCAGGCUCUCAACCACAACUGGGCUCCCCGCAAAGCAGAGACUGGAAGGCAGUUUGCAUCAUUGUAUGUGUGUGGUGGGAAUGCAGGAAAACAAGCUUUCCAGCCAUCAAAUGUGUGCUGAAACCACUUUAUUGAGAAAUAACUUGCACACAGAGUUCAUCCAUCCUCAGUGUGUGCGGGUGAUUUGACCCAGAUGCCCUAGGGAUGCCAAAAUUGGAGGGCACUCAGGAACCUCAGACAAAAUGGUGCCGCAGUCAGUAGAAGCUGUGCACACCCACCCCAUACUUUGACCAUCCCAGAUUACGAUCUCAGCUGGUGGCGGCAGUUCCGGGGCCUCUGCAUGGGGUCCACAGCUCAGAGAACCAGCACUAAGCGCACCCACCCCAAAGCUGGACUCGGGCUGGGGAGAUGACCCCAGGGCCGGUCUCCAGCAGCCCAUCCCUUACUUUUGGCUGUGAUAAACAACAGCUUCCUUGUCCACCCAAGUUCCUGGCCAAGGGACACAGGGGUCCAUUAGCUGACUGCACCUCCCAUUGUCAGCAGUUCGAGGCUUCUCUUGGUCUCCACCCUUCUGGGAUCCCAGCACUAGGAGCACGGGAUGCUCAUCAGCGCUGACUUCUUGCUGUCAAUCCUGGCCUUGUGGUGGCCACCACUGGCCUGUCACUCUCCAGUGCCUCACCCUGGUUUUCACCUGAAGCUCGGGUUUGCAGGGGAAGCGGCAUCUGGCAGGACCGGGGCUCCCAUCGCCGCCCCUGCACCCGAGGAUGGGUCCCUCCCAACACGGCUCCUCUGUGAGCCUGGCACCUGUCUCCGAUGCUGCCGUAGCAUCUGAGCUUCCAUGCGCUGCCCAUCUGCACCCAAGGCGAUCUGCAGGGGUCCUGGCCAGCAUGCUAAACCAAGUCUGUCGCAGUCACUCUGGUGGCUGGGACAAAAUACCCGACACUCCCAACUUAAAGGCGAGACAUUUAUUUGGCCUCGUUUUCAUUCCAUGGUUGGCCGGCUCGAAGGCAGACGCACUUCUUCCAACCAGGCUUCACUCCGCCAAGAGCACAGCGCCCCGUGACCCAGUCAGCUUCCACAGCCCACGUCAGCACACAGGAGGCUAAAGUGCAUUCCAGAGCCAAACCCCAACGGGGUGUGGCACCAGGAACAGCCCUAGGCCCAGCUCUUUGUUCUCCCACUCAGCCCAACUCCCAUCUCCUGCCAGUCCUGCAGCUCUGCCACAGAUGAGCAACGCCCUCCAGAGCCAGCCUGGAACCCCCCAGCUAGCCAGACCGAGCCCUGGCGGAGUUACUGACCUGCAGGAAGAGGUCUGCAGGUAAUGGGAACCGCUCUUCUUUUCUUUUGGUACUGGGGGACUGAACUUGGGUCCCUGCGCUUGCGAAGCACGCAGCGGAACCACUGAGCUAAAUCCCCAGCCUGGGAACGGCUCUUCUUGCUCACGGGGAGGGAAUCCUAUCUGCUGGGAAUUGAGAUUCAGUAUCUUCCAGAGCACCAUCAAGUCCUACUACGGUCUGGACUUGAAGUGAGCCCCCAAGACUUAGGUGCUGUUUUUGGAGGUGACUGGGUCACGAGGACUCUAACUUCAUCAGUGUUUUUAAUCCUUCCGGACACACUUUGAUGGCAUUAUUAGUUAUUGGGGCGAUGGAAACAGGAGCCGAGCCUUGCUGAAGGACUGGGUCGUGGGGUGACCUCGGGACUGUAUGUGGCCUCCCGCCUUCCUCUCUGGCUCUCCUGCUCUCUGCUUCCUGGCGGCCAUGAGGUAAGCAGCUUUCCGCCGCCACGCCCUUCAGCCAUGAUGUUCCUGCCUCACGUGGGCAAGAACAUCUUAAGGACAAGAGCGGAGUGACCAUGGACUGAAACCGGAGCCGCAAGAAUCCCUUCCUGCGUUAGGAGCUUAUUCUCAGGUAUUUCAUCACAAUGACAGAAAGCUGACACGACCCCCUUCCCCUCCUCAGCGUCCUUAUCAGGAAGCUACCGUGGCUGUGCACUCAAGCUUUUUGCAGGGCCCAGGACUCCAUUCUGGCCAGAGGGACCUGCUGCCAACUGGCUGGUGAGCUACAGAAACCCAUCUCCCUGAGUAGCCCUUGGACCUUUGAGUCCCUCCCACCCAAAGCAGACUGUGAAGUGGGGACUUGGAUGCAAAUGGCUUGUUUGGGAAGUGGGAAAAGUGAGCGGACAGUGGGCUACUCAGGGAGGCUCUGAGAAA